UAUAACCUUUUUUAACUAACAUCUCUCUUGUAUAGACACGUGCUAGUAUUUAUUUCUUAAAAAUGGAUGUUGAUUUAGAUACAGAAGCAUUUUUACCAGCAAAAAAUCCAAUUAAAACAACUAAAUCACUCAAAAAGAAAAGGUUGCAAUCAGAAGAUGAUUCAAUGCAAACUGAAGAAAUUCAAGGAGUUCAAGGCAGGUCUAAGGCUGUCACAAAGAGGAAGAAAACUAAGCCUAAUUAUGGAGGAGAUUCAAAAUCAGAAGUGAGAAAGAUUCCUGUACCAUCACAUAGAUAUACGCCUCUGAAAGAGAAUUGGUUGAAAAUAUUUAGCCCUAUAGUAGAACAUAUGCAUUUGCAAGUCAGAUUUAAUUUAAAAACAAGACAGGUUGAAAUUAGGACAAGUUCUGAGACUGAUGAUAUAGGAAACUUGCAAAAAGCUGCUGAUUUUGUUAAGGCUUUUGUUGUUGGUUUUGAAGUCGAAGACGCCUUAGCUUUGCUGCGUUUGGAUGAUUUGUUUGUUGAGUCAUUCGAAAUAAAAGAUGUAAAGACUUUAAAAGGAGACCAUUUAAGCAGAGCCAUAGGUAGAUUAGCUGGCAAAGGAGGCCGAACAAAGUUCACAAUUGAGAAUGUUACAAGAACACGAAUUGUUUUGGCAGAUAGCAAAAUUCAUAUUCUAGGAAGUUUUCAAAAUAUACAGGUUGCCAGGAGAUCGAUAUGUAAUUUGAUUUUGGGAUCAGCUCCAAGCAAAGUAUAUGGACAGCUGAGGAAUGUUGCUGGAAAGAUAUCAGAGAGAUUGUGAAUAUUUAUUGUUAUAGU